AUGGACUCGCUGUCAUGGUCGGAACCACAGUGGAUGGGUCGCGUUAUUGAGGCCUUUCCUGUCCUUCCUUUACUCUUCGACGGUCUCAUUAGCUUCCACAUUCCAUGGCUCCAGUAUCUGGUCUCGCAACCCUGGCACGUUAACAUCUGCGGCUCGCAGCAACACGUGGCCGGUAUGGAAAAGUUCUCCCAGUAUCGGGAUCGUGGUUCCGGCAUCGCUCCUUUCCUACCUAUUCCGACUGAAGCCUCUGGCAUCGCCUUGCCGUUCCAUAUCUUCCUUUUCACCUUCCGCGUGCCUCUACUGCUCACGGUCACAUCGUUCUACUUCCUAUUCUUACAAUGGCUACCUCUUGGACCUCUCGCAAAGAAAGCUGCGCUCUGGGUGAUCCUAGGUGUACCUGGAAUAUGGUGGGUGGAUCUGCAGAUCGAUGGAGUCAAGAAAGGCUCGCUUGCGCAGAAUGCUCGUCGCCUACCAAGUCCAGGCACCAUCAUUGCCUCUUCGAGCGCAUCCCCUAUCGACGCGCUCUAUCUUGCAGCGAUUUUUGAUCCGGUCUUUACUGCUUCGUACCCAUCCACACGCCUGGUACAGCCAAUCACAUUAUUCCAAGCAAUCCUUCGAGCAUUCUUACCACCACAAGAAACGCCGCACCCGAAUGCUCGCUUAGUCAACCUGCAGACCAUGCUGGCUGAAUACCCAAAUCAACCUAUCGUGGUGUUCCCGGAAUGCACCACCACCAACGGAAAAGGCAUCUUGCCUUUUGCACCCAGCCUCCUAACCGCCCCUCGAAAUACCAAGGUGUUUCCCGUAAGCCUGAGGUAUACCGCACCGGACAUAACCACCCCAAUCCCCGCAUCAUUUGGCACAUUUUUAUGGAACCUAUGUAGCAAACCUACACAUUGCAUCAGAGUCAGGAUCGCCGAAGCUGUAUACCGUACCUCUACCGCUCCUUCUGAAUCAGGACCGGCUGUAAAGACAUCAUCGUACAAGACGAAUUUCUUUGAUACGAUGCAGCAAGACACAGCGAGCAACGGGGAAACAUUGGUAGCCGAAGAUACACAUUCCCCAGGAUCCUUAAACAAGGAGGAAAGAGUCUUUUUGGAUAAAGUUGCUGACGCAUUGGCGAGAUUGGGAAGGGUCAAGAGGGUAGGAUUGGGUGUGAGAGAAAAGCAACAUUUUGUGCAGAGUUGGACUAAGAGCAGAAGUCGAAGGAGAUAG